AAUUUUCUAACAAAAUAACUGAUUAUUUCAGCGUGAAGUGAGUGGCAUAAAUUGUGUGAAAAGUCCCUCUUCUCGGCGCAGCGCUUGCUGUAGCGGCUGACAAAUGGUGUACACCCACUUGCGUACAUUUGUGUAACUUCAUUAUAUGAAUCCGUUCAGGUCGCCGCCAGAUAUAGGCUACAUUAUAUGUUAUAAGAAAAUAUGUCGUUAUAUAUCUCCAAAGAACAGUAAGUAACGUAUUGGGCCUUAUUAAAAAACAAAUAUUGUUCAACUCGGAACCUUUGUGAGGGAAGUUCUGGAGGUGGUACUGCAAUUACGGCAUAUUUGAUCGACGGACUGUACACAAAGCAACUCUCUGGAUGCUGAUAGAAAGACUUGGAGCAGCAGGAAGGUCCUGUUUCGAAGCAGCAUCUCUGCGUCCGUUUUCCAGCUCCAGCGCUAUGGCAAAAAGCAAGUUUGAGUACGUCCGCAGUUUUGAAACGGACGACACCUGCCUCAGGAACUGCUACAUUGUCGUACGACUGGAUGGUCGCAACUUCCACAAGUUUGCAGAGCAGCACCACUUCGCCAAGCCCAACGAUGACAGGGCUCUGGGGCUGAUGAGCAAGAGCGCCCGCUCUGUCAUGGAGGAGCUGGAGGAUAUUACCAUCGCCUAUGGUCAAAGUGAUGAGUUCAGCUUCGUUUUUAAGAGAACCACUACCUGGUUCAAAAGACGAGCCAGUAAACUCAUGACUCAUGUGGCCUCCCAGUUUUCCUCUUCGUAUGUGUUUUACUGGAAGGAGUUCUUCGGAGAACAGCCGCUCUUGUACCCGCCUGGCUUUGACGGGCGGGUGGUUUUGUAUCCCACCAACCGUAACCUCAGGGACUACCUCAGCUGGAGGCAAGCAGACUGUCAUAUAAAUAACUUGUAUAACACCGCAUUUUGGACAUUGAUUCAAAAAGGAGGACUCACUACAACACAGGCCGAAGAUCGACUAAAGGGAACAUUAGCUUCAGAUAAAAACGAGAUUUUGUUCUCAGAAUUCGACAUCAACUAUAACAACGAAUCGGCCCUCCACCGGAAAGGCACCACCCUCAUUUGGGAAAAGCGGGACGAGACAGUUAGCAAGCGCAUAAAGCGACCAAAUGAGGAGGAGAAGCAGGUUCCUGUCACACGGAGCAGGAGGAAGGUGGAGGCCUACCACUGUGACAUUAUCGGGGACCAGUUCUGGGAGGAACACCCAGACGUUCUCGAGAACGACACCUGACAACAGCAACUCUCCUUGGAAAAACGACUCUGAGCUGCAUAUUUAAAGCCGGCUCUCACAGACAGAGACUAAAGAAGCACAGCCACAGCUUCUUGAAACCAAACUAUGCUUUUUAUCGUUCACAGUACAGUUAUUCUCCCAACAGCUGAUUUGUGUCUCCAUUUUUAAUCUACUAAAUCACGUGCAUAAUGAUCUGCCAAAAAGUCCCAAUUAUGCUCACGUUAAUUUGAGCAUAAUUCGUACUGAGGUACAGUACCAGCUGGUGUUGAGGAUAUUCAGGGGCAAGCAUGUCUUGCCUUCCUCCCCCCAUAGGGUUACUCCUCUAAAAAUAUACCCUCAUGCGAUAUCAUGAAUGGCAUUCAAAAUACUACCAACGCCUGAUCGUUUUGCAUGUCUAACAUCACCGUGACGCUCUGACGGAACGGCUCUUUUGCAGCGCAAACUAUAAAUCGGAGUUAAUCUUGCAGAAAGUGACGAGUUUUGUAAAGAAAACAAAUCCUGGUAUGUAGAGAGAAAAAAAGGGAGUGGGAUAGAAAUGAUCCAGACUACAACAGGACAAAAAAAAAAUAGCCGUUUAUUGGAGCCAAGGCACCCAUGAAGAGACGCGAGUGGAUUCAGUGGUGUGCGCUGUCAUCAGGGCUAAGAAUACCUCCCACACCCUGCAUUCGCCCUGUCCCUCUGACAUGCGCCGCGUGGCAUAUCACACUUCCAGGGGCCGACCCAGCAUGAGCGGCUGCUGGAAGCCUGUGGAGUUUGAAGCCUACUGUAUUCUGUCACUGUAGCUCACGCAACAGGAAGCGUACGUUCUUGUCGAUCACCAGAAGUUAAUUCAGUCAAAAAGGAUCAUUUGCUUUACUGAAAUAAAACAAAAUCGGGAGCCGGCUGUGUGUCCAUUUGCUGUGUGACUGGUGGCUCUCUGUGUGUGCAGACAAUGACUGGACAAAUGGUCACAUAGACCAGAGGAAACCCUAGAAACUAGAGCAUGUUGAGACAAGUGAGCGUGUUAUUUAAAGGCGGCAUGGAUAUGCCGUGCUUAACCAUAAUCCCCUUGUGCUACUGUCGUGG